CACACACACAAAAGUGAAGACCAACUCCUUCCCUGUAAUCUGCUCUCCCUCCGCCUCCCCACCGCCACCACCUGCACCGCCCCCUCUGCCGUGUUCCACAUCUGAGUAUAUCUCAAAAACCAGAACAAGCAAUGGGAAAGGGCGGGUCUUUGAGUGACGGCGUCGUCAAGAAGAUCCUUCUCUCCUACUCCUAUGUAGCGAUCUGGAUCUUCCUCAGCUUCACCGUUAUCGUCUACAACAAAUACAUCCUCGACAGGAAGAUGUACAAUUGGCCUUUCCCAAUCUCUCUAACAAUGAUCCACAUGUCCUUUUGUGCCACCCUAGCUUUCCUCCUCAUCAAAGUCUUCAAAGUUGUCGAGCCCGUCUCCAUGUCUCGAGAAGUUUUCCUCUCUUCCGUCGUCCCCAUCGGUGCACUUUACUCUCUCAGCCUCUGGCUCUCUAACUCCGCUUACAUUUACUUGUCUGUUUCCUUUAUCCAGAUGCUCAAAGCUCUUAUGCCCGUCGCCGUUUAUUCCAUUGGGGUUCUUUUUAAGAAAGAGGGGUUUAAGACUGAUACGAUGGUCAACAUGUUGUCCAUCUCUUUUGGGGUCGCCAUUGCAGCUUACGGCGAAGCUAGAUUCGAUACCUGGGGAGUCAUCUUGCAGCUUGGAGCCGUUGCUUUUGAGGCUACCAGGUUGGUUAUGAUCCAAAUCUUGCUUACAUCUAAAGGGAUCACCUUGAAUCCGAUUACUUCUCUGUACUAUGUUGCGCCAUGCUGUUUCGUUUUCUUGUUGGUGCCAUGGAUUUUUGUUGAGCUCCCAGUUUUGAGGGAAACUUCGAGUUUCCAUUUCGAUUUCUUCAUUUUUGGGACCAAUUCCGUAUGCGCUUUUGCUCUGAAUCUAGCCGUGUUCUUACUUGUUGGAAAGACUUCUGCUUUGACCAUGAAUGUAGCUGGUGUUGUCAAGGACUGGUUGUUGAUUGCAUUCUCUUGGUCUGUCAUUAAGGAUACUGUAACACCCAUUAACUUGUUUGGCUAUGGGCUAGCUUUUUUGGGUGUUGCUUACUACAAUCAUUCCAAGUUACAGGCUUUAAAGGCGAAAGAAGCUCAGAAGAAGACCGCACAGGCCGAUGAGGAAGCUGGGAAGUUGUUGGAAGAAAGGGAAGGCGAAGGAAAUGGCAAGAAGAGUGAAUCUCAGGGUUAGAUCAUGUCGGUGGUUGGUUUUAGGAUAUGAAAUAUGGGAGAAGAGGUUGCAAAUAAGGGCUAAAGGGUUUGUAUUUAAGGGCACAAGGAUCAGAUUUCUUUUGCUCCUUCGGCUGCAUUCGGGUUUUGGUAUGUUGUGUUUUUAGGUUUACGUUCCAUAUGCUAUUAAUUAUGGCCAUUUCUUAGUAUACCAGGGAAUCAUGAUUCUCAUAUGUUGCUUAUUUCAGAGAUUAAUCUAUGUUACUAGAGGAAGAAGGAUCUAAUGCCCUGUACUCUGUUGUUCUUUAUUUAAUUUUUCUGUCUUCUUU